UUCCCGGAAAAGUCUAUUUUCUCUCCGAGAAAGUGACGGAAAACAAAUUCCAAACGGGAUAAACCUAAAACCUAAUCAGUAUUUUUUGUUGCUCCUUAUUCUAGAGAUUCAGAUUGGGUUUCGGAUGGAAAGACCCAUGUCUUUGCUUCCGAUUUUAACCGCCUCGUUUCUAUUCAUAUUCUGCGUUGCUCCACCGUUAAUCACCGCCGAUACAGAUGGCGAUUUGCCGACGGCGUACUCUCUCCUUCAGAGCUACAAUUUCCCCGUCGGAAUCCUUCCUAAAGGGGUCGUAUCAUAUGAUCUGGAUGAAUCCACGGGGAAAUUCCACGCGUAUUUCAACAAAUCGUGCAGUUUCGCUCUUCAAGGCUCUUACCAAUUGGAUUACAAAUCGACAAUCUCUGGCUACAUAUCGGAGAACAAGAUCACGAAGCUAACCGGCGUGAAAGUGAAAGUUCUCUUCUUGUGGCUCAACAUUGUGGAGGUCAUCAGGAACGGAGACGAACUCGAAUUCUCCGUCGGGAUCACAUCGGCGAAUUUCGCGAUCGAAGAGUUUUACGAGUCGCCGCAGUGUGGAUGCGGAUUCGAUUGCAACGGAUUGAAAUCCAAAACGGAUAAAUUGGGAAGAAAGCAUUUUGUUUCUUCGGUUUGAAGGUACUUCGGUUGUAAUUCAUGCGAAUGAGGAGACUUUCUUACAGAAUCUGUACUCUUGGGAUGCUUUUUGUUCCUUUUAUCCAAUCAUUUGACAUUA